AUGGCCUUAUUAGUUACUGCUGCCUUGGUUGCCUCUCCCGGCUCGCGAGACUGUCUGAGAUCCUGUAUGACAGCAGUGAACAUUGAAAUAGGGCGUUGCCUUGUGAGGAAGAAUCAUGUUGAUGGCAGAAUCGAAGGCGGGCACAUGCAAGCAAAUGGGACCCAUUAUGAUGCUAUUCUUUGGUUCCAAAAUCCACGGUGGGAGUUAGGCCGUGACAAACAAAUGGGGUAUGUGUAA